AUGACUGGGAUCACUACCAAUGAAGACGAUGAGUUCGAUUACGGCUUUCAACCGCCGCUGCGAUUCUCGCCCUUGAAAAGGAUUGCGGGAACUGCUAGGGAGGAGGCUGGUGAAGAUGGCCAACACGACUCUCCACCACCGCCGCCCUUCCGUUUCUUCGACGCACCAAAGGAGAUUAGAGACUACAUCUACGAACUCUGCAAAGAGCGGUUCAGGUUACUCCGAAAUCGCGAUGUGGUUGUGGUGCACACUCUAAAACCUACUCCACGACUCGUCAGUCGCCAGUUCAAGGAUGAAUACGACCAAGCCGCUUCCAGGCGAGGUCAAGGUGUGGAGAUCGCACGCCUUCUCGGGUCUCAUUUAACGAAUCCGACUAUCCAACUUCCCAUGCCACUCCAACAGUCGAUCGACACCGUCUACCUCACAUACUUUUCCGACGGCGACAGCAUCACCUGCAGGCCGUGGCACUGUCCUUGUGCCGAGGGAAUUGGGCUCGCGAUGAGCUGGACUGUCACGAUGAUCAAGCAACAUCCGGAAUUCAGGGAGGUGCACGUCACUCUCGACGUUGGCUUUCCGCGGGAACACAUGGGCCUGGCUCACCCGGUUGAUUGUCACCAUGGGCUACUGCAGCCGGCCUUGGAUCGCUUCAUUGAGAUCGAUGGACUCACAUCUCUCCAAGUACGUAAGAUGCUGGCGGCUGCUUGGUGGAACUUGGAAAGAGUUUUGUGGGUGAGCUGGGACCGAGGGCAUGGGUGGUAUGCUCCGGAGGCUGAGGAGGCGACGGAAGAGAUCUCAGCUGAGCAGUGA